GCCAAGAGGACAUCGAGGAUCAUUUGCACCUGCAUAUGUAAUGCGGCAAAACUUUUGACAAAUUCGAUCUUGUUCUUUUUGGACCAUUAGAGAGAUGCAGGCAUCAAGAGCGAGACUCUUUAAAGAAUACAAAGAGGUUCAGCGAGAGAAAGUAGCUGAUCCAGAUAUUCAAUUGGUGUGUGACGAUACCAACAUAUUCAAAUGGACCGCUCUUAUCAAGGGACCGUCAGAGACUCCUUAUGAAGGCGGUGUUUUUCAGCUUGCUUUUGCUGUUCCUGAACCAUAUCCUUUGCAACCUCCUCAAGUGCGAUUCUUGACCAAAAUAUUUCAUCCAAAUGUGCAUUUCAAGACAGGGGAAAUAUGCCUCGACAUAUUGAAGAAUGCGUGGAGUCCCGCUUGGACGCUUCAGUCCGUGUGUAGAGCUAUCAUAGCAUUGAUGGCUCACCCUGAGCCGGACAGUCCUCUUAACUGUGACUCAGGUAAUCUUCUAAGAUCUGGGGAUGUGAGAGGGUUCAAUUCAAUGGCACGCAUGUACACACGCCUCGCCGCAAUGCCAAAGAAAGGAUGAUGAUCCUCUUGCUUUUUUCUUUGAAUUUGUAAUGCUAAUGAUUUGCGAGAGUGAAUACAUUUUUUCUUUAACA